AUGGACACCUUUUGGGAGACCAAGUCGGUUGAUCCGCCUAGGGAAUUACAAACCGGAGAAUGCAUCUUAUCUACGGACCUUGCUGGGCUGUCGGUUGCCGAUGAACACGCUUCGACUGUCAAUACCGCGCCUCCUCUUUCUGAUCUCAUGAAUCGCGAUUCUGCCACCCCAAACACCGGGCAGAUGGAGAGGGAUUCACCGACCAGUGGAGACGGAACCUCUUUUGCAGCGGUCCCUUCUUCACCCCCUACACCCUCCUCUCUCGAGGCCCCCACAUCGGGAGUUCAAACGGAAGCUUCUUCUACGGUCUCAGUUCCGAGCCCCUCUUGCUCUGAGCGGUCGCCGCUUGACUCCAAGCUGACAUUUCCUCUCGCACCCGACGUCGUCAACGAGUGUGCCCAUCACGCAACCGACCGAUACGGUGGAUGUAGCAAUAUUGACGGCCUCGAUGGAAUCGAUUUACUCGGGUUUAUGGAGGAUACGAACACCGACAAGCAUCUCCCACAGACUAGUUCCAGCGGCUCUCGACUUAUUGACUGUGAUAACUCAACCGUCAACAACCCGUCUGGUGAGGACGAGCAGCGUCAGCCCUAUCGCCACGGCCAGAUCGGCGCCUUUGCCUACCAGCGUUUCGUCCCGGGUUCCCGUCCGAUAACCUCCGAUAACUGGCGCUCAAAGCCAGGUCCGAACUCCCCCACAGCAGAGCAAGGUCGUCUCUUGGGCACCGCCGGCAGCAAAACCGGCAGCAACAGCCCGAUCCAUCCAUCUCCCAUAGCUUCGGGCGGCUCUGGAAGCGGCAUCUACACGGCUACCCACAACGCAACCCGCCCUGUGUCACAUCCUUCGUCUGGGUACACCCCAUCCCGUAGCCCGCUCUCUCCACCCACAAACCAGAGCAUCGCCGGGUUCAGACAGCAGCAGCAGCAAGCUGGAGUCGACGGCGGCAACACGCACCCGAAUUCACCAGCGGCGAGGACCGAAGCAGGGUUUGCUGAUGGCAGCAGCAACCCAGCGGGUGUGGUGAACGACAGUAGCCAGUCAAUGACUACCCAAAGCAGCAGCAGCGGCCAGACGAGGACAAAUGCGGAUGGCAGUACAAGCGUUAGCGUCAGGCUCAGCCCCGACACGCUCGGCUAUUGCUUUGUGCGUCCCAACGGGGAGCGCACACGGCUUGUGCCCGUGGAUAUGUUGCCUGUCGCGUUGCUGGGCAUUCCGGCCAGGGAGGACGCGAGCGGUGCAGCUGAGAGGCUGGUUGAGCUGCCUAUUCCGCGGGGGGUCGAUGCAGAGGGGAGAUCGAGUAAUAUGGACCGUCUAAGGAUUGCGUAUCCGCUCGGGGGAAAUGGUGAGGGCGCGAAUGCGCUGAUGCAGACCUUCUCCCCAACCCAUACCCACCACCCCAACGCAUCCCACCCGUUCCAUCCCUCCCAUUCACCCUUCUCCCGCCAUUCCUACCCCCCUCAAUCCCACUACCCGUCUCAAUGCACCACCACCACCACCACCACCUCCCGGCCACUCUCCCUCCCCCUCCCGCUCCCCCUCAAUCUUCCCCAACACCAGCAACAACAACCUCCACCUGGUCCACAAUCAAACCAACCUCCACCGAAACGAGCCAAAGUCUACUGCGACAAGUGGGUGCACGAGGGCGUCUGUGCCUUCACGCAGCAGGGGUGCAAGUUCAAGCACGAGAUGCCCCUUGACACGGCCACGCAGCACACCCUGGGCUUGUUCCAUGGCCUGCCGGCCUGGUUCAAGAAACGCCAGGCUGAGUUGGCACGAUUGCAGGUUGUUCAACCAACCCAGGCGGCGGCGGCGCAGACUCAGCAGACGCAACAGGUGCAGGGGCAGGGGCAGUUUCAUUCAGGUGGGGGAGGAGAAGGGGGCAAUGGUGGUAAUAGUGGUAGCAAAGGGGCUGCCUCUGUCGCUGGGUGGGGGUCGUUUGCUCCCGCUGAUGCCAAUGCCACUCACAACGGGAGCGGGUUGGUAGGAAGAGGGGGUACUAGUGCUAGCACUAGGGAGCGGGUGAUGGGCGGUUCCGGGUCUGGGUCUGGUGGGAUGGGUAGGUGGGCGAUGGAGGGUGGUUCCCUUUUUGGUCCCCGGCAGCAGCAGCAGCAGCAGGCCCAGCACCGGCCGCAGCUAAUGCAGUCGUGGCGGUCGGCGCCGAAUCGAAACGCAAACACCAACAACAAUGCUCAGUCUCAAGGCCGAGAUGAGGAGGGAGAAGAACAAGAGGAGCGACAGCAGCAGCAACAGCACAAAGCAGUGCUGGCGGAACGGAAGAGCCUUCGUGGGACGGCAACGACGGGGUUUGACGGCGCAGCAACAACAGCGGCAAGGGAGUUGGCCACGUACCGCUUUGGUACCGGAGCCGGCGGCGCUGGCCAUGGCACUUUGAGCAGCCGGAACGAGCGCGGAUGUGGUGCCGAUGUCGCCAGUGGCGGCCGGUUUGGCGGCGGCGAUGGUCUUACUGCCUCCGGAGGGGGAGGAGGAGGAGGAGGCGGAUGUGUUCCGCGGUCGCAUACCAGGUCAACAUGGGAGCAGCAUUUCGCUGUUGGUACCGGAACUGGCGGCGGCCGGUUGAUGGCAGAUCAUCAACAGCAUCACCAUCUCCAGCAGAAUAAUCAGACCGGUUCGGCUGGUUUUGGUGGCAGGGCAUUCUCCGCCUUCCCCCCCUCGCAGUUCGGGCCCAUUGCUCCUCCCCGCCUGCAGCAGCUACCACAGCAGCAUCUAGACGAUAUUAUGGCCGGCCUGACCCGGCAGUCUGGCGAGGCACAGGACUCGGCGGAGCACAGGCAUGCGAGGCUCUGA